AUGGCUACCUCGAUCGCCUUGCAAGCCCUACCGAGUGAGCUCAUCGGUGCCAUCUGCAGGCUUCUUCCCAAUCGCGACAUCAAAAGUCUACGUUUGACCUGCCGAUAUUGGAGAGAGAAGUCACUUUUGCGGUUUGACCGCGUUUUUAUCUCGGCUAGCCCGCGUAAUGUAGAGGUCUUGUUCUCUGUCGCCAAUCACGACAUCUUUCGACAUCGCGCCAAGGAGAUCAUGUGGGAUGAUGCUGUCUUGGAGCCUGUUUCAAGUAAGGAAGGCGACGCUCCUUGUGGUUACAGCUCAUAUGAAACCGAUCGGGAUGCUGAUUCCGAAGAGAAAGGACGAAUAUCAAGGCAUUUCGUGCGUCUUUGUAGAGACAGUAUGUUUGAUCGCACGUUGCGUCUGAGGGACAAAACCAAAGAGGAGAGGGAGAAAUACAUGAAAGGCCAAAUGAAUGAUCUCUUGCCCUCAAGAGAGUCACUAGCCUAUUACAGCCGUCUUCUCCAAGAGCAGAGUGACAUCCUAGAGUCAGGCGAUGACGAAGCUGCGCUUCGGUACGCAGUGCAGAGAUUCCCUCGGCUCACAAAGGUUACCGUUACGCCAGCGACGCAUGGGGUUUUAAUCACGCCGCUAUAUGAAACACCGAUGGUUAGAGGUUUCCCUCGCGGUUUUGUGUAUCCGAUCCCUCGAGGUUGGCCAUGUGCUGAAAAUGAACAUCUGGCUGAGGAAGCUAACCCUUGGGAGACCGAGGAUGAGAAGAACAAGUGGCGUGGGUUCCGUAUCGUUACACGGGUCUUGGCCCAGGCUGAGAAUUGUCAGAUCUCCGAGCUGGUGUUGGACAACAAUAAGCUUCCCACUGGACUCAAUCACUUUGUGUUUGAGGAGCCAAACGAAGAGUACGAUAAUCUUUGUAGGAUCGUUCAGAGACCCGGCUCUCGACGCAUUGUCCUUUCUCUGCUGGUCGAUUAUCUCUUCGACUGCGAUACCGAGGGCUGGGACUUCUAUCGCAACGGGAGAAUCUCCAAUCUGUCGCCAAAGCUCCUGAUCUCUAAGAGGUCGUUCUACAAACUAAUUAUCCUCGGUAGGAUGAAAGAUUUUGUCUCCCUAACGAACAUUUUCCCUAUUAACAAAUGGUCAAGCGGUGGUCUAAAGCGUUUCGGACUUUCUGAAAUGCAAGUAACCCAGGAUGAUCUUAUAUGCUUCUUAUCAAAGCUUUCAUCGACGCUUCAAUCCAUAGAACUGAGCUUUCUGUCGGUCCUCAGCGGGCAAGGAAAUCAUGCUGGAAUUCUAACCGAUAUCAGAGAUAAGCUAGGCUGGAGACAUAGGCCUGUCGAUAAGAGGAUCAAAAUCUGUUUAUCUGUGAGGUUGAACCAGCCUGAUUUUGGUCGGUAUGCUUGCUUUGACAAGGAAGUGUAUGAGUAUAUUUAUGGCGACGGGCCCGCCUUUUGGAGUUGA